AUCACUGUCACUCUCUGCAUGGGACGUACGCACAUCAUUGUCUUUGUCAACUGAACGCAUUAUUUGGCUGUUACUGCUGUGUCAACAAUACAAGAGACUUCGUACCCAGGUGUUGCCAUAGUUGUUCAGCAAGCAGAAAGAUCCAACCGCUCUGCUAAAAUGAAUUCAUCGGAAAACAGGACCUGUCAACUCAAGCACAAUGAAAUUGGAAACGUGUUCCUAAUGAUUUUCCUGAUGGUUGAGACACUCGUGGGCCUGCCAGGAAGUAUCCUGGCCCUGUGGAUUUUCUGUCGCCGUAUAAAGUACUGGAAAUACCACGUCACAUUCCUCUUCAACCUUUGUCUGGCUGACUUCCUGCUCUUUCUCAGCGUGCCCUUCCGCAUCGACGUCCAUUGGCGAGGCGACAACUGGCAGUUCGGACCAGUCUGGUGCCGCAUCAACCUGUACAUGCUGUCUGUCAAUCGAUCUGCCAGUAUUGCUUUCAUGACAGCCGUCGUACUGGACCGUUACCUCAAGGUGGUUCAUCCGCAUCACUCCAUCAGCCGACUGACCUCAACCUCGGCGUACAAGCUCUCAGCUCUUAUAUGGCUCGGUGUGAUUUUGUAUCGGCUGCCGCUGUUGACCGUCAACCUCCUCCACGAGGACAAGAUAAACAACAGAGUGCUGUGUCGCAGCUUCCACACCUAUAAAGUAAUCCCUCUGCCGGUAAAGGUGCACUAUGUUUCAUACGUUUUAGAGUUCUUCUUGCCAUUUUCUUUGCUGCUCUUCUGCUCAGUCAGGAUUGCCUGCCAAGUACGAAAGCUGAAAAUGGACAGAGAGAGAGUACGACGGGCCAUCCGAGCGGUUAUGGUCAUAUGUAUGGUGUUUACCCUCUGCUUCAUGCCAGGUGUCUUCACAGGCCUGGUGGGGCUGUACUUAAAGGCAUACCGGCCAGAAGCUUGUGAAACCUACAGAAUAUGGAUUAAUCUCUUCAUGGUGUUUGUUGGCUUCACCUACCUCAACAGUGCUUUGGAUCCUGUCAUCUAUUUUUUCUCCAGCUCUGUCUUUCACGACACUGUCAAGAACUCCCUCAAGUGCAAGAGAGACAGCAGAGCAGCCAGCGACCUAUAACUCUAAGCUGGUAAAGAUGAUCAAAUGUCUAAGGUUUUUGUAGACUGAAAAAAGCUGAAGUGGACAGUUUUUUCAAUGCAACGGAUGAAAAGACACAUCACAUUUUUUCUCUCACUAACUCAAUAAAUCAGACCAAACUUCUCCUGUUUUUGGUCAGUUAGGAUUACCAAAAUUAUUUGAUUUGCUUUAUGUCUGAAUAAUAGCUGAAAGAAUAUUUGAGAUAAUUUUCAUUUUCAGAAUUUUAUAUGACUUCUAACCUGUAUGACUUGUGUCAAAUGUUUUGGGUACCUUUCUAAAAUCUUUGUACCGUAGCUUGUUGCAAUUAAUAAAGGUUCCUUUGCUUUA